GUAGCUAAAAGCCUUUUACAUGCAACAGUAGUUCCAGGGCUUCUUGGUUCACCACCCACAAAAAAAUCCAGUCGUGCAAAACGUUUUCACCAGUAAAAAAAAGAACCAAGAGGAGGAAGCUCACAACAGACUCGAGCAGUGUUUUGUUUCACACCAGAGGAGGACGGUAGAGGAACCUUACUGUAAUACAUGCAUAAGUAUUCAGAAAAAGACUCGGUGACAGAAGCUAUUUGGUAAAAAGGCUCAAAAGUCUGACCACAACAGCUGAUUUCAUUUGAUGCGCUUGUUUAAUCAGAUAAAUGGAAACUUAUAAGCAAUAUGUUAUGGUGAUGUGCUUUUAAAGGCAACAGAUAUUUACUGACAGGAUUUAACCCUCAAUGCUGCGCCUAAACAGAACACCCUGAAGGAGAGUAUCAGACCUUUGACCUGAAAGGCAGUUGAUGCUGGAAAGCCCUAAAAAUGUGGGUGAAUGAGGACGAUGUGGACAAAUGGUCUAAUCUACAAACUGCUGGCUUGAAGCUGCGGCGGCCUUGACAACUGUUUACCUGUGAUGAAUCCAGCCGUCAGCUGUGUACCUGUCGACCGUAUCAGGUGACGUCCCUAUUGUCAUCACGCUGUAGCCUGUGCAGCUGCUCCAUGCGUGUGGUAAUGCUAAGGAGGGUGGGUCCUGUGUUCAUUCAACCCAACAAGGGUGUAUCUGCUGCAUAUGAUGCAGGUCUUUCCUGGUGCUGCUGCUGAAUCAUCAACUCAAGUUCUAGAGAUUCUUGUUUCACGCUUUUUAUUUUCUUCCUCAGAAGCGUAAACGAGCACCAGCUCAACGAUGGAGGUGACUGACGAAGCUUCCCAUCAUGAUGGGACCCAGAGCUCGCGUUGGGAAGCAGCAGCACUGAGCUGGACUAUCCUCAACAAAGCCAUCAUCACCAUGGUGAUGGGGUUUCUGAUGUCCGCCGCAGGCAUCCUACUCUUCGCGCUGCGGUCGCCCAGGGGCGCCGACCCGUCCCGAUCCGUGGCCUCGGCCUGCCUGUCUGUCGGGCUGAUGUUUGUCGUGGUGGGGCUGGUGUGGGUCCCUGUUCUGAAGGAGAAGCACAAGCGGGAUCGACUCAGCCAGGGGCUUGAAUGAAUGAC